GCCAUCUUUGGUCGUCCUCGCCGGUCGCACUACAACUACAGUGAAAGAGGGAGGUUGCGCUAGGCUCCGUUGCAAUACAACAUGGAUGAGGAAUAUGAUGUGAUCGUACUGGGCACCGGGCUCACAGAAUGUAUUCUCUCUGGGAUCAUGUCAGUGAAUGGGAAGAAAGUUUUACACAUGGACAGGAACCCAUACUACGGAGGAGAAAGCUCCUCCAUCACCCCUCUGGAGGAGCUUUAUAAGCGAUUUGAGCUUCCAGAUGGGCCUCCAGAGUCGAUGGGUCGGGGCAGAGACUGGAACGUUGACCUCAUCCCUAAAUUUCUCAUGGCCAAUGGGCAGCUAGUCAAGAUGCUGUUAUAUACUGAAGUGACCAGAUAUCUGGACUUCAAAGUGGUGGAGGGGAGCUUUGUGUACAAAGGAGGAAAGAUCUAUAAAGUGCCCUCAACGGAGACUGAGGCACUGGCUUCAAAUCUAAUGGGAAUGUUUGAGAAGAGACGUUUCCGGAAGUUCCUAGUUUUUGUGGCCAACUUUGAUGAGAACGACCCAAAGACCUUUGAGGGAGUUGAUCCCAAACAGACAACAAUGGGAGAAGUGUACAAGAAGUUUGACUUGGGGCAGGAUGUUAUCGAUUUUACCGGACAUGCCUUGGCCCUCUACAGGACAGACGAUUACCUUGAGCAGCCAUGCCUGGAGACCAUCAAUCGGAUCAAGCUGUACAGUGAAUCUCUGGCUCGCUAUGGGAAAAGCCCAUACCUGUACCCAUUAUACGGCCUGGGGGAACUGCCUCAGGGCUUUGCCAGGCUAAGUGCAAUUUACGGAGGAACCUACAUGCUGAACAAGCCAGUGGAUGAGAUAGUCGUAGAGGAUGGUCACGUCAUUGGAGUGAAAUCAGAAGGAGAGAUUGCUCGAUGCAAGCAGCUCAUCUGUGACCCCAGCUACAUUCCAGACCGUGUGCGCAAAGCAGGCCAGGUGAUUCGGGUCAUCUGCAUCCUCAGUCAUCCUAUAAAAAACACUAAUGAUGCUAACUCCUGCCAGAUCAUCAUCCCCCAGAACCAGGUUAACCGCAAGUCAGAUAUCUAUGUGUGCAUGAUUUCCUAUGCCCAUAACGUUGCGGCCCAGGGGAAGUACAUUGCCAUCGUAAGCACCACUGUGGAAACUGCGGAGCCUGAAGCUGAAAUCGAGCCUGCUCUGGAGCUCCUUGAGCCCAUCGACCAAAAGUUUGUGGCCAUCAGUGACAUGUAUGAACCAACAGAUGAUGGUUCAGAGAGCCAGAUAUUCGCGUCACGGUCUUACGACGCAACCACCCACUUCGAGACGACCUGCAACGACAUCAAGGACAUCUACAAGCGCAUGACCGGCAGCGACUUUGACUUCGAGAAUAUGAAGCGCAAACAGAACGACGUCUUCGGGGAGGAUGAGCAGUGAGCGAGGAGACUAAGAUGGAGGGAAGGAGGAGGUGAGAGAUGAGGACAGCUACAAGGGGAACUGGGGUAUUGCUUUGCUUUAGAUAAAUCGAUUUGAUUUAAACAGAUCAAAAGUUGAGUGCAAGUUACAGCAAUCAAGCCUAGUCAUAGACAACGUUCAGCUGUCCUUAGCUUUCCUUCUUCUUGUCUUACGCCUCGUUUCCUCCUCUCUCUUAGUCCCUUUUUCCCAAGUACGUACACUUUAGCACAGAGGCACAAUGCUCCUACGCUCACAUUCCCCAACUCAUCCUUCACAAAGCAGGCUGAUGUUAGACCUUUCGUGAACACGUCAUGCAUUGUUUUUGAGCUACUAUCCUGUCGAAGUGAAACAUAUACAAGCCUUAUUUGUUUGGGAGUCAUUUUGGUUUUUAUGAGUGAUGCCUUUGGCGGCAGCUCACAUCUUUACAUAAUCCACUAAUGAGAGACAAUGUAACAGUGUCUGAAGUAGAUAUAAACUGUGAAAUCACUACAAAACACCAGACCAAACUGUUUAUCCCCCACAUGCUUAACAUGACUUUCCACAUUUCAAUAAUAGCAUUGUUUAAUUUGAAGACACUAAAAUAAGUCCUACAGACUUUUGGUAACAGAGCCACGGCAGCCUUCCCACGCACUGGAAAGUGUCAUUGGCAAGUACAAAGCUUCACACCCAGGUCUUCGCAUAUGCAGACUUGAUGACCAUCACAUCAUUUAAAAGUUACAAUGGCAGAAGGUUGAUCUAAAAUUUGGAGAAUCUCCUUGCAUGCACCUUUCAGACAACUUAAAGAUGGGUUCCACCGAAUAACGGUCAUCUUCCCAAAUGACCCUGCUUUUAUUACACUAUAGCUGUUCACUAAUAUACUCAGCUUAUUAAGUUUCUUCUGUUUGGCAGUGAAUAUGGUCAAUAUGAGGCCUGGAAUGGCAUAUGCAGUGUGGAGUUGGAGUUACAAGCCAUUAACGCUUUUGGCUACGUUCACAUUACAAGCCUCAUUGCUCAGGUCUCAAUUUUUUGCUCAGACCCGGGUUUCUAACUCUGUGGUUCACAUUUGUGUAGAUCAAAUUUGUCAUUAAUGCAAGUGACCUGUGCCCUGAAACACCCCCCAUGCGCACAUCCUGAUGAGUAACGUGAUGUGAAUGAACCAUGUGUGUAAUGAAGAACAAACAAACUGACCAGCAGAACAAGGCUUUGUUGCAAAGAUCAUUUGCCCUGCUGUUCAUUAUUAGAGCAAGAUGAGGUGAAAAAUGGUCAGAUACAUUGCUUUUGCACCAUUUGCUGGCACAUACUUCAGAUUCCACGUUUGUACUGAAUGAUGGUGCAUGGGCAGUGGAAAAAUAAAAUAAAUUCUGAUGUUAGCGUUCAUGGCCCCAAAUUAGAAAUGUAUCAAAUCUAGGACCACAUAUGAAAAUAGUUCAGAUCUGAUUUGAAAAGAUCCAAUUUGAGUGUCCACACAGCUCUGAAAAAAUCAGACCUGUGUCACAUUAAGGGAAAAAAUCUGAUUUGUGCCACUUUAGUCUGAUAAUGUGAACAUAACCUUUGUUGCCCGUGUAGAAGGAUGUAAAUGAUUUACCUGCAAUUGGUAUUUACAGCUGCAAGAGUUUCUAUAGGAAUCAUGUCAAUGUGAAUUAAAAAGAUAAUGACUAUUGUGUCUUUUUGUGGUUUGACACUUAACAUAUCCUCUAGUUGUUCUGGCUUUGUAAACUAGGCUGGACCCUGGUCUAAAAACUUGGUUCUCUUUGUGUCAAUUUUGAUUGAAUUUGUGUGCUGGAGUGGCUCCUACCAUGGACUGUUACCUUGCAGUCGACAUGCUUGAGUCACUUUGUAACAUUUUACACUUAAAAAAUCAAUGUGUACAGAGUUAACACGUAACGUUGUUAGUACAAACUGAGACUAAUUCUUUUCUGUUCUUUUUUUUAUCGUUUCAUUUUUAUUUCCAGACACUUUAUUCUGAAGGGUCUUAAGUGUGCUCUUUUUUUGGUCGCUUUGUGUUUUUUUGUUAACGUAGAUGUUGAUACUGGCCUCCAAGUGCCACCUGAAGCUGUGCAUUUUGAGCAUUUAACUACGCUGCUGUCAGUGUAGCUCACGCAUCGGUUGGAUGUCCUGUAUUGACUUCCCAUGUUCAACUUGCUGAGUCUACGAUUGCGGCGGUAGUUUUCAUGUAGUUUCACAGGAAAGGUAAAAAAUCAACAGCAAGUUUCUUAAUUUUCAUAAGGUCAGAGUUGCCUGUGGUCUUUUAGACCCACUUACCAUGCUACAAGUCCUGCAUCAUCCGAUUUUCCUCUUCUUUCAUCCGUGUAUAAUGUUAAACGACAGACAAUGUUCUCAAUGGAAACUGAAUCAAAUAGCAUUACUGGCAAGCAUAGUUCUGUUUGGAAUUCUGCAUCGUCUUGUUUGUUUGAUUUCUAGUAGCUGUUUAAAUGUUAUUUUGUACUUUUAUUUAUUUUCCAUUAUGUGUAUCUUGAAACUAAACACUUUAACACUGGCAUAUGAACUUCAGACAAAGCAGUUUAAGUUGUGACUUUAUCACAGGUGUUUGAGCAGUCUUGUGCAAUGAAUGAAAUAAAUUCAAAUGUGAAUAAAAUGCUGAGAAUCUGAA